UAUAAAUAGAACGCGUCAGAUUCUAUUUAAAGAUAUUGCUUAUUCCCUAUAUAAAUGAAAUGAUGUAAACACGUCACUUUUAAUCAAAAUUCGUUGUACGAUCUGACAAUGGCGAGUAGUGGAGAUGGAGAAGCAGCUUCUCAUAACCAACCAUCACCAGAAACGAUCGACAGAAUCAUAGCUACUAUAUACGGACAAUGUAUUGGGGAUGCAAUUGGACUACUUACGGAAUUCUUGUCAAAGAGAGAAGCAAAACUGUAUUAUGGGAAAGUGGCCAAAGAAUUAGAAUAUUUACAUAAGCAGAUCGUUUGUGAUGGACACAGGUCAAGGUGGAAAGAAGGCGACUGGACAGAUGACAGUGACCAAAUGAUACUAAUCAUGAGAUCUUUAGUUGACUGUGGCGGUAAGGUAGAUCCUGUUGACUUUGCUAAAAAAUUAAGAACCUGGAUACGGAGGGGUUUUAGUGAGUUGGGUGAUUUUGCUGGAUUGGGUUUAGGUGCUACAACUAGCAAAGUGACGUCCCAUCCUGAUUACUUGAAGGACCCACACGAAGUAGCUCGGUAUGUUUGGGAUGAAAAUAACCGAAAUAUUGCUCCCAAUGGUGCUGUAAUGAGGACCUCCAUUGUUGGUAUUCACAUGUACUGGAGUUUAGACGAUGUAACAAAAAAUGCAAGGGACUUUGCAAAAACAACACAUCACGAUCCAAGAUGUCAGGCUUCAACAGUAGCAGUGUCUGUUGUCAUAGCGACCAUGUUACAAGGAAAGCACAAGGACAAAAAAGGCAAAUUCAGAGUGAAAGAUAUGAUACAAGAUGCUUACGAAUAUGCAUCAACGUGUUUAGAAACGGAUAAAGAAAAGAAAGACCUAAUGUUUUAUUUGAAAUGUGAUAAUAUAAAAGAUUUGAAAUUAGAUGAAGCCGAUAAAAUUGGCUACACAUAUAAAUCCAUGGGUACAGGCUUUUGGGCAUUGAAGCAAGAUGAUUUCCGGAAGACAAUCACCAAGAUUAUGAUGCAGGGAGGAGAUGCCGAUUCGAAUGCCUGUGUCGGAGGUGCUUUACUGGGAUGUAAACUUGGUAUGUCUGCUUUACCAGAACCAUGGUUGACGAAGCUUUUACACAAGGACUGGUUGGAUAAUGAGAUUAAAAAAUAUUUUGAAAUGAUGAAAUGGGAACAGAAUGAAAAAUCAGACGAAAAAUGAAAAAUAAUCUACAAGAGAAAAGAAGAUGAAUUGUGUUGAUAUGAUUCCAAUCUAGCAUUUUAAAAAAGGACUUCUCUUGUUGUAAAGGAGAUACUUAAAAGUAUCACACAUGUGCAAGCCUGGACUUAUUAUUCUUAUUAAGUCUUCAGAACAUUAGAUUAAAGCGUACCGGAAAGGACAAUGUCAUUUGAAGCAAAUUAAUCGUUUCUUCUUCACGAUGUUUGUUUGAGACACAAAACGUAUACAAAUUAUCUACAUCGAGGUAUUUUAAAUAUUUUUACAUAAUCAAAGGUUGCAGAGCAUUGCCAUUUCUUUGUAUGUUGAUAUGGGUAAUAUAUGAUAUUUUCCUUAUGAUAUCUUUUUUGUACAAUAUUUGACUGUCAAACGGGUAUUAAAAAAUGAAAUUGAUGGUAUUAUGAUAGUAAAAGAAAGCAACAAAAACCAAAAGACAUCUGAGGUUGAUACAUCAUCAAAGACUUGGUCCAAUGUUUAUAAACGUUUUGUGUGGUAAUAAAGUAUUCUUGGUUCA